GAUGUGUCGUAGACAGCCAAGCUUUGAAGGCGUUUUUAGAUGAAGUCGCUGGCUCUGCAGGACAGUGGAAGGCUGAAGCGGUCCUUGGCGCCACGUGGGAACGCGCUAUGCCCAUUUUGUCGACGGACGGAACGCACCUUGGCCGCGUGUUUGUGUCGCUGUUCUAUCAGAAGAAACAAAGAAUCUUUGGGGACAAAGGGAACGGAGAGGCAGAUCCCCCGGUGACUCUUGCAGUUCC